AUGGGAAACAGACCCAAAAUAAGCUCAGAUCUAAGGUUCUCUAAGAGAGAAUUAAGUGGUGAGAGAAAAGAACCAUUGAUGGACUCUGAGAAUAUGAGCUUUAAUGACUACAGACAAUACCAGAACAACCAGAGCAAUUCUGGGUUGUUGAGGUUUCGCUCAGCUCCGAGCUCUUUGCUUGAAAGUUUCACAGAUGGGAUUGUUAAGAGCGGUAAAUCCAGUCAAGAAGCUCAGGGGUUGACUUCAAGAUUUAGUUCCUCUACUGGAAAUGGCAAUUUGGGUUCACAGAGUUUUCAGGAUUUCGAAGAUGAUAAGUCUUUGGUUAAUGGGUAUUCCUUGAGUUCACAAUUGCCACCUCAGUGUCCAAGACAAGUUACAUCAACCCAAGUGAAUGGUAUGGAGGGUGCUUAUAGGGUUGUGAGUUCUAUGGGUAUGGAUAAUCAGGGGCAAGGGAAAAUGGGUUCCAAUCUUGUGAGGAAAAAUAGUUCUCCAGCUGGGUUCUUCUCUCAGCUCACUGCUCAAAAUGGCUAUGCCACAAUAAGAGGGGUUGGAGAUUACAGAGUGGGGAAUGGUGCUAAUUGUGAUUUAAGUCCAUCAUCAAGCGGAUUGAAAGGUCAGAUGAAUUUCUCAUUUGGGGUACCUUCUUCGUUGGGAAUGUUGACUCGGAUAUCUGAAAACGAGAGUCAAAACAUUGGGGUGAGUUGUCCUGAUGAUGGAAGGCUUGGAAAUGGCAAUGGAGACACUCAAUUUUCCGGCUUUGGAUACCCGUUUGGUUCUUGGAAUGAUUCUGCACAUUUCGCAGAGAAUUUCACCAGCCCAAAGAGGGACCUAGAUAAUGAUGAGAAACUAUUUGCUGGGGCUCAGAACGGGGAGCUAGGAAAGCGCAUGACUAUUUUGUCACACCACUUAAGUUUACCAAAGACUUCAGCCGAAAUUGCUGCCAUGGAGAAGUUACUGCACUCCCCAGAUUCUGUUCCCUGUAAAAUCCGAGCAAAGCGAGGUUGUGCUACUCAUCCCCGAAGCAUUGCAGAGAGGGUAAGAAGAACGCGGAUCAGUGAAAGAAUGAGGAAACUACAAGAGCUUGUUCCAAACAUGGACAAGCAAACGAACACUGCAGACAUGUUAGAUUUGGCUGUCGAUUAUAUUAAAGAACUUCAAAAACAGUAUCAGACUCUUAGCAAAAAUCGGGCAAACUGCAAAUGUUUCAGUACACAGAAGUCAGUCCCGAAUCAAACGGUUUGA